CGCACACACACAGUAGUUUUGGCCAGUGUGACUCUUAUCACCCCUCAGUCUGGAGGUUUGGAGUAAACAACGACACUUUCGUACGACUCGAAGCUGCUGCGCCACUUCAUCUAACGGACUCUAUGUUCGGCAGUGAGUCAAAAACACUUUACUUUUUGGUGGGGGUUCCAAACUCGUGUGUUUUCUACCUCUUGCUUGAGUCUUCAACGACUUGAUCCGCGGGAUUCAGUGGAGGCAGCUCGUGCUCGUGCGAGGUUUGAUGGUGGAAGAUUAACUUAAAGUUGAGCUUUAGCAGCAUAAAUGACCGCGCUGUUCCAGCCGUGACCACAGAGAGAGAGAGAGAGAGGAGUGGGACGGACUUGGAUGUUAUUCAGCGGUUCUUGGUGCAACUGUAGACAUCUGAAAUCGCAUCAACAAACAAGCAAACAUGACCAAGAAACUAUGUGGGACCAAUUACCCGACCAGCAUCUGCUUCAUAGUGGUGAAUGAGUUCUGCGAACGCUUUUCCUACUAUGGCAUGAAAGCGGUGCUGACACUCUAUUUCCUCUCCUACCUCAAAUGGGACAAGGACCUCUCCACUGCCAUCUACCAUGCCUUCAGCAGCCUCUGCUACUUCACACCCAUCCUGGGAGCUCUCAUCGCUGACUCCUGGCUUGGAAAAUACAAGACCAUCAUCUACCUCUCCAUCGUCUAUGUGAUCGGCCAUAUCGUCAAGUCAGUUGGAGCCAUUCCCAGUGUGGGAGACAGCACUGUGCACAUUGCUUUGUCCAUGGUGGGUUUGAUACUCAUAGCCUUCGGCACCGGAGGAAUCAAACCAUGCGUUGCAGCGUUUGGAGGAGACCAGUUUGAUGAGGAACAUACAACUGAGAGGCAGAAAUUCUUCUCUAUUUUCUACAUGUCAAUCAAUGCAGGAAGCGUCCUGUCUACAUUAAUCACACCCUUAUUGAGAGGUGAUGUGCAGUGUUUCGGUGGUGACUGCUAUGCCCUGGCCUUUGGGGUUCCUGCAGCUCUGAUGGUUGUGGCUCUUGUUGUCUUCAUUGGUGGCAGUGGGUUGUACAAGAGGAAUCCUCCCCAGGGAAACAUCAUGUUGCAAGUCUGCAAGUGCAUUGGAUUUGCCAUCAAAAAACGCUGGAAGAGCUCAAAGAAUGACCCUAAGAGGAAGCACUGGCUGGAUUGGGCUGAGGAGAAGUACCCGAAACGUCUCAUCCAGGAGAUUAAGAUGUUGCUGCGGGUUUUGGUGCUCUACAUCCCACUGCCGAUGUUCUGGGCUCUGUUUGAUCAGCAGGGCUCCCGCUGGACCCUUCAAGCCACCAGAAUGAACAUGGCUUUUGGAGAAGCCUUUGUUAUUAAGCCAGAUCAAAUGCAGAUGUUGAACGCUCUGCUGAUUCUUAUUUUUGUGCCCAUCUUUGACCUCGGCAUAUAUCCGCUCAUUGGCCUCUGCAGAAUCAACCUCACGCCUUUGAGGAAAAUUGCUGCUGGGAUGGUUUUUGCAGCUUUUGCCUUUAUAGCAGCCACAAUUGUGGAGGUGAACGUUGUGAAAACAGUAGUGGAUCCUGCACCUGCAGGACAUUGUCUCCUGCAGACCUUUAACUUGGCAAAAGGUGAUAUCAACGUGAUCAUUCCUGACAAUGACCUGUAUCCAGAGCCAAUCCCAUAUCUUCAGGAUCCUCCUCAAUAUAAAACGCUUGCACUGGGGACGUCCAGCAAGAAUUUAACAAUACAGGUGACUUUCAAUGGAACAGCCUCAGACUGUAAACAGUAUUUUAAGCAACAAAAGGCCUACAGUCUCAUCUUCUACACCGAGCCUACUGGAAUUCAAUGCAAACUUGUGGAAGACUUCAUUAAGAAAAAUGAAGAUGGGAAUCCUCGUGUCAGGUUCCUCAACACACAGCCAGAAGCAUUUAACCUAACUGUUGGAGAUGUGACUUUCCCUGUGCCCUCGGGUCACAGUAUGUCUGAAAACAAGACUGUGGAGCGGGGAGAUUACUCAUCUGUCAGCUGCAGCCCCCUAGCAGAGAAGUGCUCAACUCUGGACCUGGGCCUGCUGGACUUUGGAGCGUCCUACACCAUCAUACUCACCGAGGUAUUGGAUAAGUUUGACGCUAAGAAGAUGGUGGACGUGAAUGCCAACAACGUGCACAUUGCCUGGCAGAUCCCUCAGUACACCCUCAUAACUGCUGGAGAGGUCAUGUUCUCCAUCACAGGCCUGGAGUUCUCCUACUCACAGGCUCCAACCAACAUGAAAUCAGUCCUGCAGGCUGGCUGGCUGCUCACUGUUGCUUUUGGGAACGUGAUAGUGCUAAUUGUGGCCGAGGGUGCAGGGCUGGAACAGUGGAAAGAGUUCCUGCUGUUUGCCGGCCUGCUGUUGGGCGUCUGCAUCAUCUUCUCCAUCAUGGCCUACUUCUACACCUACGUCGACCCCGAUCAGCUGCAAAAAAUGCACCUGGACGAUUCAGGGAAGGAGGAAGGUGAUGAUGCUAAUGAUGAUGAUGAGAAGAAAAAUCAUAAUGGCAUCCAGCUGGAGAAGACGAGAAAGUCCACUCGUUUUUAACUGUGCCACAUUACAGAGGUUAAGUACUGAGUCAGACACUUUUUUUUUUUUGUGGUGUUUUUUAUGUACAUUUUCUUUUUUUUUUUUGUAAAAAUGAAGCCCUAAGACGUUGGACCCUUGUUGUGGUGUGAAGUCCAGUGUUUUCUUUUGUGUAACAGUCCAGUCCCUUCAAUAUGUAUCAGUGUACCAGCGUCAUAUUGUUUAAAAGAGGCAGCGUUAAAUGAUCAAGAAUGAUUUACAACGCUGUAGAUAUUUGUCGCAUAUUAACAUCAUGUCAAGUUUUUCCUGUGACGCUAAAUAAUAAUCAUAACACUUAUUAACUGAACAUAGAGGAGUGGUUUAAAGUUUACAAUGUGUACCUUUAAUAAUAUUGAAGAAACUGUGGUUUUGCACGUUGUAACCAAUAGUCAUUCAGCAUCAUGUAACAUUAGAGCCAACUAUAAUACAGCUUUUAUUCUUUAAGAAAGUUUUUUUUUUCUGUGAUUUAAGUGACGCAGCAACCUUCAUUU